CACAAAACCUGAAGCAACAAGAAGAGAGAGAGAAGCAAGAAAAAGAUGACGGAGAUGGAAGAUGAUGAGCGAGAACAGGAGCUCACUGAACAUCUUGAGACGUUGGAGCAGCUGGAGCGCGUGGAAGAUGAGCUGGCCAGUGCACAAGUCACCAAUGACGCGCUGACGCGCGCGCUGUCCAAGCAGGUUGCACGAUGUAAGAGAAGUGAGACCCACAUGAAGGAACUGCAAGCAGCUUUAUCGUCGCUCCAACAAGAGCAUGAGAGUGAAGUGGCAGGCAUUCGAGAACACAUGCAUCGGCAGGCCGAAUCCCUGCGCCAGGAGCGAGCCUUGGCCGAGGCCAGAUGGCAGCAAGAGAACGAAAUGCUUCGACAACGCUGCGCGCGACUGGAACGCGAAUAUGAAUCCGUCGUCUGGAAGGCGGAACACGAAGCCGUCAUGCAACAGCUAGGGCUGGACGAGACCUUUGAGCGCCUGAUACAUGCCACCUCCACACCGGAAUGCAAAGCUGCGGCCCGGCGGUUGUCGUCGCUGGUGCACCAUCGCAACGCGUCAUCGGAGCAGCAGCGCUGGUUCGCCGCCAGCGCCUGGGCAGAGCGGCUCAUCAGAGUGCUGGAACACACACGUGGGAGUCCACACGCCGUUCGAGCAGCAGCAGAACUCUGCAGCAUUCCUGCGUUUGGCGUUCGGAUGGCACAAACAGCGCUCUUCUCGUGCUUGCACGACGUGCUGCUGUUGCACUCCAACGAAGGCCAACAACAACAACAACAACAACAACAACAACAACAACAACAACAACAACAACAUGGGGUGCCAGUUCCUGUGCGGUUUGCAGUGACGAGCGAUGAUCAGACCACGAUUGUCACCUUGAUCGUGCAAGCCGUCCACCAUUGCCUUGAGGCGUGCGCACUACCAGAGCAGGAAGCGAUUCGCACUUUCAUUGCAACCCCGUCUCUUCUCACCCUUCUCUCCACUGCGCUCUCGUGCUUCUCAUACGAGCACGCCCCAGCGGUCGCCAUGCACACGGCCCUGUCCAUUGUCGCUCAACUCGCGCGGCGCCUUGUUGUUGAUGCGGCUCUGCUGGAGACAUUGGACGAAGCUGGAAUCAUUGGGGCAGUGAUUAAGCUGGCGUCCGUGCCAACUGCGCGGCCGCAAGUGGUGAACAUCCUGCUGCUGACGGCAGGUGACGCGGUGUCAAACACGACACUCGUUCAGCGCGGCGCUGUCUCGGCACUGCUGGCUGUUGCCGACGUGUGUGCUGCUGCUGUGCCAGAGGCGCACACACGCACAGCACAUCGCCGCUGUGAUGGCGGUGGUGGUGGUGGUGAUGAUGACAGUGGCCUUGGUGCUACCGAUGAUGGAAACAAGGGCAGAGACGCCAGCGAAGAGCAGCAGCAGCCUGUGUUGUCGAUGCUUUCAGAACUGUCAUCGUUGCUGACAUCAAUACACCGGCGCCAGCAGCAGCAGCGCGAGCAAAACCAUGAAGGCGGGGACGAUGAACCUGCUGGUGCAACAGCCGUGUCGGAGGAGGCGGUGAAGGAAGUGUUGACCAAAGCGGAGGCAAUUGGGCCCGUUGGUACGCUGACGGCAGUGCUACAUGCGCUCGCCCGCAUAUCGCCCUGCGACGCCUUUUCGCGUGCGCUGUUUGGUGCACACGGACUCGACACGCUGGAUCGCAUCUACACCAGGUUCUCUGCUGUGCCAGAAAUUGAGACGUCCGUGGCUGAAGUCACGACCCGUGCGCUUGCUGCCCUGGACACACGUGCGAUUGUCGCCCUCCCCUUUACUGCUGCGGUGUCAUCGGUGCUGGCUGUUCUUCGCCACCUCUCUCUCCGAAGUGCCGCACUGCUCAGCACUGCUGUCGAUGUCUCUGCUCGUCUCAUCGUCGCGCAUCCGGCCCGCGCUGCCUCGUCCCUCACUGCUGCAUCACUCGACACGCUGGCCUCCAUCACCACUGCCCUGCAGCCGUCAUCCCCAAUGGCAUACAAGAUUUGUCACCUUGUGAUGCGAUAUGCGGCCAGCGGAAGUGCAUCUGCCGCACUUCUCCUCAGCGCAGACACAUUCGCCAUGCUCAUGCACUUGUGCUCGAGUCACAAUCUUGAGGUGCGCCAGUGGCUCUCAGGCAUCUUCCUCUUCGUCGUGCGCGCAUGUGCAGACAACCACGCCUCCUUGACCAGGUCCCAAUCCACGCUCAUGAUGGACCGCAUCAAGCAACUCUGCACGUCGCAGCUCGCAGAACCACAGGAAAAGGUGCAAGCUGGGCUGGAUGCCAUCUCCACGGCGCUGUACAUCUGUCCUGUCCUGCUGGAUGAGGCCCAAGUCAGCAAGUCGCUUCUCCCAUUUGUCCAGGGACAGGACAUGCUCUCGUCCGUCCACGGCCAUAUCCUCACAGCAACUGCAGCAAACGCAGAUGCUGUGCCCAUCGUGCAUGUGUCGUCUCGCCUUGCGCUCAUGUCAUUCACUCACCGUCAGUGGCUCUAUCAGCACUCACCCGUCCUUAACGCGCUCGCAAACAAAACCACUUCCGCACCGCUGCUGGAGGCCCUGGACCAGCUGUGUGUUGAUGUGUGGGCGCCGCAGUGGAGGUUCCACACCGACCAGGCAAACGACAACGACGAAGGCGACGGAGACGAAGGAGGAGAGAAGACAAGCGCUGGCGCUUCAACUGAUGAGAUGGUGUCAUCCCUCGUUGCAUCUGCAACCACGUCCACAUCAGCAUCUGCCCGCAUCACGGCCGCUGCCAUUGCGCCGCAUCUCAUCAGUGGUGGUGACUUGCACCGCUGCUGCGCAUCGAUGAUGGUGUCGCUGCUGGCGGCGGUGGCGGCGACGGGGCCCGGCGAGAACGCACAGCGGAUCAUGCUCGCGUUUGCACACGCGUCGCCUGCACAGCAGGAGGAAUUUGCACGCGCGCUCGUGGACAGCAGUGCACUGAAUGUCGUCGCAAUGACAAUGGAAACCGACAACACGGCCUUCAACCAGGGCGCGGUGCUGGUGUGCCGAGCGUUGGCCACCUCUCCUUCAACGGCAGCACGCGUUCUUCAGCAGGUGCCGUUACGCCUCCUCCUCGAGAUUCUCGCAAAUGCAAAAGAUGAAGGCUUGAAGUCGACGCUCGCUGCGCUGCUACCCACGGUGUUUGAGGACGAGACAGCAAGCAUCCGCGUUGUGGUGAAUGGAACGGUGACGCAUGUGAUGGCGAUGGCCGAGACAUCAUCGUCGCCCAUGGAAUUGCACACGUGCAUGGCCAUUCUCAAGGCCAUCACCGCACACACCCGCGCCAUCAAGCCGCUGGUCCGCCUUGGUGCAGUGCGCAUCCUGUCUGCUCUGCACACGACCGUCGCUGCCCCCGUCUUCCACGAACUCCUCAGCUCGCAACAGGGUGUGAGCGAGAGUGACCUGCAGCACUUCAUGCACUUGGCGAAGGAGACAGAGGAAACGGCAGUCGCUGUGCUGCGUCACCACGGUCUCGUUUCGGAGGCGCUGGCGGAGGACGGGAUGCUCGACCAGCUCUCCUCCAUUCUCCUGGAUGAGCAGCACAGCGAUGCAGUGUUGGCCGAGACGCUCCGCUGUGUCGCGUGCGCCUGCCUCUCUCCUCUCAAGGCUUCAGGUGUCAUGGAAGGAACCGGUUUGGAGGCGCUGGUCAAGUGGCUGAAACAUCCGGCGUUGGACAUAGAAAACCGAACGAAAGCAUGGAGCGAUCAAAUGCGUUUGGUUGCGCGACACGCCAUUGUGAACCUUGCCUGGAACUGCACGCGUGCGCGUGGAUGGACACAGGACGACGUGUUGAGGGCCCUCUUCUCCAGCGAUGCCGCCGAUGCCUUCAUCGCUAGUCUCGAUCCUUCGGUUGUGCGCGUGGAGGAACAGCAAGAAGCGGUGGACACGGCAGCAGCGUGGGAGAAGGACGGAAGCAGCGACGACAAUGACAAUGAUGACGAUGCUGCCAGUGACGAUCAGAGUGAUGAUGAUAACAAUGACGUGGCUUGUCUUGAGCGCGACAACGACGCACUCCGCCUUGUCCCUGAAUCGGAAGUGCUGCGGCAGGCGCUGUGGGCGUGUGCAUCGUGGCUGAUGAUGUCGGUGCCUGGAGCGAAGGCGGGUUUCAUUCGGCGCGGUGGCCUGCUCGCCCUUAUCAGGUUGACAGAGGUUACGCUGCCUGCGGAACUGGAACGCUACACGCGCGCGUGCCUGAGCCACGUGCUUGGUGUGAUGGGUGAGGACCUGAGCAUGCGCGUAUCGGUGCUGCAGGCGCACCUGCGUCACCACGCCGACCCGGCACAAGUGUUUGAGAACAUGGCUGAUCACAUUGACGCUGUGGAGAGGGGCGAGGCAGAUGCUGACGCACACAAGGAACAGGCAUGAUGGUGAUUGGCGAGAGGAAUUGACGUAACGAGGGCUUGUCACUCGCGUCGACGUUGGAGCACAACCUGCUUCUUUGCUGUCUGAUGCUGAGACGGAGUGGUGUUAUGCACACUGUACUGUUGUCGAUCGAAUAGAACUAGCCAUAUACCGCA